ACCAAACCAACCCCUUCCAGCACACUUCUCACGCUGCCUGCCCAGAGCCUCCGCAUCAGCCAACGACAGCGGAGCUCAGCUCGCAACUCGCGCCGUCUCCGCUAGCGCAAAGCCAUGGCGAGACUACUCGUCGAAGCGCCGCCGUCCGGCUCGGGCGCGCCGGCGGACUCCCUCAACUCGGACAUGAUCCUCAUCCUCGCCGGCCUGCUCUGCGCGCUCGUCUGCGUCCUCGGCCUCGGCCUCGUCGCCCGGUGCGCGUGCUCGCGGCGCUGGGUCGCGGCGGUCCGGGCGCCGCCCCCCGCGAACAAGGGCGUCAAGAAGGAGGUGCUGCGCUCGCUGCCGACGGUCACGUACGUCCCCGACGGCAGCAAGGCGGCAGGGGAAGGGGCGGACGAGUGCGCCAUCUGCCUCGCCGAGUUCGAGGACGGCCAGGCCAUGCGCGUGCUGCCGCAGUGCGGCCACGCGUUCCACGCCGCCUGCGUCGACACGUGGCUGCGCGGGCACUCCUCCUGCCCGUCCUGCCGCCGCGUGCUGGCCGCCGAGCUGCCGGCCGGCGAGCGGUGCCGCCGCUGCGGCGCGCGCCCCGGCCUCGGCAUCAGCGCGCUCUGGAAGGCGCCCUGCAGCGCCGAGGGGACGACGUUCUUGGCCUAGUGCCGUGCGCACUCAGUACAGGAAUUGGACCCAGUGCGCAAGCAGCAAGCUCAUUGGUGAAUGGUGAACUUCUUUUUUUUAGCCUCGUAGGUUCCAUUCCUUUGUAGGUGUGAGUAGUGUGAUUAGCUGGGGCCUGGCAAUGGGGAGGACAAAGCAUCAAGAUGUGUGUACCUACCUGAUUGAUGGAUAAACAUUGUCCUUGUAAAUUAUUUGUACAUAUGUGCAAUGAUAUAAGGCUUGAAUCUAGUAGUCUCUGUUGGGAGUGUCUGAAUAAAAUGAUCAUAAGUUGGACUGA